AUGGCUGACGCGAUGGAGGAAUAUGAGAAAGAAGCUGGCUGCGUCCCUAUUCUCCAUCCCGAGGAAAUCAAACCCCAGAGUCAUUACAACCACGGCUACAGCGAGACCGUCAGCCGUAAAAACCAUGUGGACGACUACAGCACCUGGGACAUCGUCAAAGCCACACAGUACGGCAUCUUCGAGCGCUGCAGGGAGCUGGUGGAGGCGGGCUUCGACGUUCGGCAGCCAGACAAAGAAAACGUAACGCUCCUGCACUGGGCCGCCAUCAACAACAGGAUAGACUUGGUCAAGUACUACAUAUCAAAGGGAGCCAUAGUGGACCAGCUGGGAGGAGACCUCAACUCCACGCCUCUGCAUUGGGCCACCAGACAAGGCCAUCUAUCCAUGGUGGUGCAGCUCAUGAAAUACGGCGCAGACCCGUCUUUGAUCGAUGGCGAGGGCUGCAGCUGCGUCCACCUGGCCGCCCAGUUCGGCCACACCUCCAUCGUGGCUUACCUUAUUGCCAAAGGACAGGAUGUAGACAUGAUGGAUCAGAACGGCAUGACUCCUCUGAUGUGGGCGGCUUACAGGACACACAGCGUGGACCCCACCCGGCUGCUACUGACCUUCAACGUGUCUGUCAACCUGGGUGACAAAUAUCACAAGAACACAGCGCUGCACUGGGCCGUGCUGGCCGGCAACACCACUGUCAUCAGCCUGCUGUUGGACGCCAACGCCAACGUCGACGCCCAGAACAUCAAAGGUGAAACACCGCUGGACCUCGCCAAGCAAAGGAAGAACGUUUGGAUGAUAAAUCACUUACAGGAAGCGCGGCAGGCCAAAGGAUACGACAGCCCGUCAUACCUGAAGAGACUGAAGAUGGACAAGGAGUUCAGGCAGAAGGUGAUGCUGGGAACGCCCUUCGUGGUCAUCUGGCUUGUGGGUUUCAUCGCCAACCUGGACAUCGACUCCUGGCUCAUCAAGGGCCUCAUGUACGCCGGCGUCUGGGUCUCUGUGCAGUUCCUCUCCAAGGCUUUCUUCGACCACUCCAUGCACAGCGCUCUCCCUCUGGGAAUCUAUCUGGCCACCAAGUUCUGGAUGUACGCCACCUGGUUUUACUGGUUCUGGAAUGAUCUCCCUUUCGCCACUGUCCACGUGCCCUUCCUGUUAAACACCCUGGCUCUGUUCUACAACUUCGGCAAAUCCUGGAAGUCCGAUCCAGGAAUCAUCAAAGCCUCAGAGGAGCAGAAGAAAAAGACAAUUGUGGAGCUGGCAGAGACAGGCAGCCUGGACCUGAGCAUAUUCUGUAGCACCUGCUUGAUACGGAAGCCCAUCAGGUCCAAACACUGUGCCGUGUGCAACCGCUGCAUCGCCAAGUUCGACCACCACUGUCCCUGGGUGGGGAACUGUGUCGGAAGCGGGAACCACCGCUACUUCAUGGGAUACCUGUUCUUCUUGCUCUGUAUGAUCUGCUGGAUGAUCUACGGCUGCAUCGCCUACUGGAGAAUCCACUGCGCCACCAGUUACGCCAAGGAUGGUUUCUGGCUCUACCUGACCCAAAUCGCCUCCUGCUCCCCCUGGAUGUUCUGGAUGUUCCUCAACAGCAUCUUCCACUUCAUGUGGGUGGCAGUGCUCAUCAUGUGUCAGCUCUACCAGAUCGCCGCUCUAGGAAUCACCACCAAUGAGAGGAUGAACGCUCGGAGAUACAAGCACUUUAAAGUCACAGCCACGUCCAUCGAAAGCCCCUUCAACCAAGGCUGCAUCCGAAACCUCAUAGAUUUCUUCGAGAUCCGCUGCUGCGGUCUGAUCCGGCCCGUCGCGGUGGACUGGACCACGCAGUACACAAUAGACUACGACCAGACGUCUGGCUCGGGCUACCAGCUGGUGUAGAGGAGGAGGAAGAGGAGGACGACGAAGAAGAAGAAGAAAGGGGAGCGGGGAGCGGGGAGCAGUGAGGGGAGGGGGGGUGAGGUGGAGUCGAGCGUCGCCAGGAAGAAAAGGGAGUUUAGAAGGAUUUCCCUCCCCGCCCCCUCACAGCGUUCAUAUCGGAGCGAUGCUGUUCUUCGGGAGCGCCUGCUUUGGUUGUUUUUUUUCCUUUUUUUUUGGACCAUCUCUCCCUCACCGAUCAAAAGACUUCAGAAAAAUGUAAAAAAAAUUGUAUAAAAACAUCAGCCAGGACUAGCAUGCUGUUACGGGGCAACACCACACCUACAUCCUCCUUCCCCUCCUCCCCCACUGCCUCCUCCCUCCAUCUUCAUUACUAUUACUACUACUACUUACAACAUCAGACUUCAUUACUGUACCCUCACAGCUAUCCACCCCCCUCCACCUCGUUCUCCUCUCCCGAGCUAUUUGGACGGUGCAUUGC